AUGGCCGACCUCUCGCUAGCCCCGGGUCAGCCCUACGUGGAGGUGGAGUACAACUACGAGUACAAGUCCAAAGACCGGCUGAUCUCCAUCCGCCCGGGGGACUGCUUCCUGCUGGUGAAGAAGACCAACGAGGACUGGUGGCAGGUGCGGCGGCCCGACGGCUCCAAGGCCUUCUACGUGCCCGCGCAGUACGUGAGGGAGGUGCGCAAGGCCCUCAUGCCCCCGGGACGCGCUCCCUCUGGGGAAGGCCACGCCCCCUCCUCGCACCACGGACAUGUGGCCACGGGGAACACAGAUACUGAACAAACACACGGACACGCCCCCUUUCCCUAUGUCUCCACUGAGCACUCUGCACAUGGACACGCCCCCUCUGCACAUGGACACGCCCCCUCUGCGCAUGGACAUGCCCCCUCUGCGCAUGGACAUGCACCCUCUGCACAUGGACCUGCCCCCUCUGCGCAUGGACACGCCCCCUCUGCACAUGGACACGCCCCCUCUGCGCAUGGACACGCCCCCUCUGCACAUGGACACACCCACUCUGGCCCUAGCACAGCAGGGCCCGUCAGCGGGGGCCUCUGGGUGAAGCCUCUGGAGCCGCUGGAGAAUCGCACUGUGAGUCGAGGAGAGUCGACGUUGCGGCGCUCGGGUCAGAGGGAAGUGAGCCCGCUUCACAGCCCCUCCGGGGGGCCUCUUUCUGGGUCUGUGGGGCCCCUGUCUGGCUCUGCUGGGUCUCUGUCUGGGCCUCUCCCUGGGCCCCUGUCCGCAGCCCCCCUCUCUGGGUCCUCGGACUCUGACCGCGGCCUCGGGGUCCCUCCCCUCAAUCACAGCAAUAGCAGCAGUACUCUGCCUCGAUCCAGGGGGCGCUCUCCCGAGCUGCAGCGACAGCCUCUCGAUGUGGACGUGCAUGAGGACCAAUCAGGAGAGGAGCAGCGUGGCCAGGGGCGUGGCAAGGGGCGGAGCCUGGGGUCUGAGUCCGACCUGAGCUCUAGCUCCACAGAGCAGUUGGAGUCGAUCUCAGACCUCAAGCGGAGUGGACCCCCCUUCCCCUCUGGACCCCCCCUCUCCAUCUUGGGCAACUGGGAAACUCACCGUGAGGCUGGAGGACGACUGUUCUACGUGAACCAGAGCUCCAAGGAGAGAACCUGGAAACCUCCCAGAGCGAGAGACCAGCCCGGAGGAGAGUGGGUCAGAGUGGGGGACGACCACAGCCGACCGUUAAACUCCAAUGAGAACUCCAGGUCUGAGUGGGAGCUGUCCAAGUCAAACCACCUGAUCCAAGAUGGCACCAAAACGCGGAGUUUAGAUCGACGCAGCGCAGAACACAACGUCCUGAACAAGUGGAGACACAGCACCCACAUCCCAGAAGUCGACAAGGAGGCCGCCACGCCGUCAGAGAAGUGCGGCCUCCUGAACAUGACCAAGAUCACAGAGAACGGGAAGAAAGUGCGGAAAAACUGGACGUCAUCGUUGGCCGUGCUCCAGGGCUCCACGCUUCAUUUCACCAAAGGACAGACAGGGGGCAGCAGCUGGUUUGGAGGUCAGUCUAAACCCGAGCUCACGGUGGACCUGAGAGGAUCCUCUGUGGACUGGGCCCCGAAAGACCGGUCCAGCAAGAAGCACGUGCUGGAGCUGAAGACUCGGCAGGGCACAGAGCUGCUGAUCCAGUCCGAGAACGAGGCCGUGGUCCAGGACUGGCUCCGGAUCUUGCAGGACUGCAUCAGCACCCAUGCUUGUGAGUCAGAUGAGGGGAUGGACGAUGAGCCCGAGUCUCCGGGACGAGAGACAAACGGCAAAGAGAAGGAACAACGGGAGUUGAGGAAAGAUCGUGUAGAGAAGAGCGGCAGUAGUCUGGAUGUCUCCGAACACAAGAAACGACACAAACUGAGAAAGUUCCUGACGCGGCGCCCGACUCUGCAGUCUGUGAAGGACAAGGGCUACAUCAAAGACCAGGUCUUCGGCUGUAGUUUGUCCAGUUUGUGCCAAAGAGAGAACACCACCGUGCCGCACUUUGUCACCAUGUGCAUCGAACACGUGGAGAGCAGCGGCCUCAGUGUGGACGGUCUGUACAGAGUCAGCGGAAACUUAGCGGUGAUCCAGAAACUGCGCUUUGCCGUCAACCACGAUGAGUCCGUGUCUCUGUCUCAUGGGAAGUGGGAGGACAUCCACGUGACGACCGGAGCCUUGAAGAUGUUCUUCAGAGAGCUUCCCGAGCCGCUCUUCACCUACGCCCUGUUCUACGACUUCAUCAACGCCAUCAAGAGUCCUGAUUACAAGCAGCGCGUCCAGAGCAUCAGGGACUUGAUCCAUCAGCUGCCGAGAGCCAAUCAGGACACCAUGGGGGCGCUGUUCAGACACCUGCGCCGUGUCAUCGACCACGGAGACGAUAACCGGAUGACGAUCCAGAGCGUGGCCAUCGUGUUCGGGCCCACGCUGCUGCGACCAGAGACCGACACCUGGAACAUGGCGGUGCACAUGGUCUACCAGAACCAGAUCGUGGAGCUCAUCCUCAUCGAGUGCAGUUCCAUUUUCGGACUCUAG